GCUGGAUCGGUCGGACUUGAUUGGGUACUUACGGAGGAAAAGGAGUCAGAAAUCCGAUCGAUCUUUUAUCGAAUAUCGAAGGGUUUUGACAUUACGAGAAAAAUUUUUUUUUUUUUUUUUUUGGAAGAAUUAUUCGCAACAGGGUUUUACCGACAUAUCUACCUCAGUCAUUUGUUAAAACCAAAAACAAAAACAAAAAAAAAAAAGACUCAAAAAUCAAAAAAGAAAAAAAAGGAAACGAAAAAAGAACAGAGAAGGAAUACUGAAAAAAUCUUUUGAAACGGAAAAAAAAAAUCUCUUAUUUCGCUCGCAACACGCGGGACGGAGAACUACGUAGAACAGCAUCCAGUGGUCCAGAGGAAGUGGUCGGUUGAAAAUCGCAUCAGAGAGAAAUUCUCUACGUAGGGGCGGACAGUGUGGUGCGCGCUGUCGAUGGUGUAACACCUUGUGAUUAGGUUGGCGCGAAGAUUUUUUGAAAGUAUUACUUUUGAAAACUCUGUAAACUGACACCGCACACCAUCACGUGGCGAACGAAACCGCGUGAUCACCGUGUCCCGGCGAACCGGUGGUUGUCCUUUUAUUUUUUAUUUUUUUUUGAGUUUCUGCGGAUUCGUACAAUGGAGUAGUUGAUACCGUUUUUACCGAUUCCAUUGGCAGGAGAAACACGUCGUUAGUUUUUGGUUUUUGUCGAACAGGCGAAACUUUAUUGAUUGAGUUUUGAAAGGGGGAGAAAUGGCGCGAAAAAACUGUCUCAAUGAUCGUGAUACGGCAUUCGAGUGACUUGGUUGUAUUGAAAAAUACAUAAGUGUUAUCAGCUGCAAACGAGGAUCGUCAGAUUUAGAAACGUGUAGCAGGCUCGCAGAUAUUUUAAUCGACACACUCCAAAGAUGAGGGCCAUUUUGCAGAUAGCGAUAUUGUGCAUCACGGUUUUAACCGAAAACGCGUAUGGCGAGGAUAAAGCUACGAAUACUGUAUCAGUUUCACCGGGAUCUCCUGUAAUUCAGAGUAACACUAUUCAAAAAUUUAUCGAAGUCCUUGGAAAGUAUGAACUCGAAGAUCAACGAUCAUUGAAAAGAGUUUAUCUGAGCAACAGAUCUAUCACUUGUAACGACGGAUCACAGGCCGGAUUUUACUUGAGAAAAUCUCAAGGAUCGAAAAGAUGGGUGAUAUUUUUGGAAGGUGGUUGGUACUGCUACGAUAGCAGGAGCUGCAGGAAUAGGUGGCUCAGAUUGAGGCACCUUAUGACCUCGACUCAGUGGCCUGAGACUCGGGACGUUGGAGGAAUCCUGUCCUCUCGUCCGGAAGAAAAUCCUUUCUGGUGGAACGCGAAUCACGUAUUCGUUCCGUACUGUACAAGCGACAGUUGGUCGGGAACCAGAUCAACGCCAAGUGACAUGUUUUCUUUCAUGGGUGCUGAAAUCGUGGCCCAAGUUGUUCGGGACCUGAUACCCUUAGGUCUUGAAAAUGCGAGUUCUCUCCUUUUCGCCGGAAGUAGCGCCGGGGCUACGGGAGUUAUGCUGAAUCUGGACCACGUCCAGAGUCUCGUUCACCAGGAACUGAAUCUGAAGCACAUCGCGAUUCGAGGAGUUAGUGACUCCGGAUGGUUCAUGGAUAGGGCGCCGUACUCGUCGAAUGGACUUCCAGCAACCGACGCCGUUAGAAAAGGAAUGGAACUUUGGAAAGCGAGAAUGCCCCACAACUGCGUUUCAAAAUAUCCUCACGAACCUUGGAGGUGUUAUUUCGGUUACAGACUGUAUCCCACUUUGUCAGUGCCCCUAUUCGUUUUUCAAUGGUUAUUUGACGAGGCUCAAAUGACCGCCGACAACGUUGGAGCUCCUGUUACGAAACAGCAAUGGGAUUACAUUCACAAAAUGGGAGACAGUCUGCGUCAGACUUUUGAAAAUGUAACAGCGGUAUUCGCGCCGAGUUGCAUAAGUCACGGUGUCCUUACAAAAAAGGAUUGGCAAUUGGUGAAAAUCGACGAAAUAUCACUUCCUCAAGCUCUACACUGCUGGGAGCAAACGACAGUUGGAAAUAAACGUAACGAGACUCGUCAGCAAAUUGAGACUAAUCAACCCUGCGCCAAAUCCGCCAGGAAACUCUUGAGGUCCGGUACCGCGAAGGCGAACGUAUCCGCGUCGACCGUUGAUGGAAUGAAAACACGAAACGGAACAUCGUCGUCCUUAGAGUCCAGGAAAACCGACGUCGAUGAUCCUGGAGCACAUCUUGCUACAAACGGCGAGAGAAAGGGUUCUAAUAACCCGUCCCAGGGUGGCCGCGGCAACAAAAAAAGACGAAGAAGAAAGCACAAGGGUCGUAGGCGAGAACGAAACAAGGAAGGGAAACAGAAAAAGGAUAAACACGAAAGAAAAAAAGGAGGUCGAAAACACGGUGGAAAACACGGUGGUAACAACCACACCGCUAUGUUGAACGGUACUCGUCCCCAACGAUCGGUGAUCCCAACGAAUAAACGGAAGUGUAUUCAAGGUUGUCAAUUCAGGCUUAUAGAGCGUUGUACAUGGCCUCAAUGUAAUCACAGCUGUCCAAGGCUUCACAAUCCUUUUACCGGUGAAGAAAUGGACUUCAUUGAACUCCUCAAAAGUUUUGGCCUUGACAUGAAAAGCGUAGCUAACGCCCUAGGUAUCGACAUACAAACUUUGAACAAUAUGGAUCACGACGAACUGCUGAAUCUUCUCACUCAGCAGUCUCCAAAUUGAUUGUCAAUGUUUCAUUUUUUUUUUUCUUCACAAAUUUACUCUCCCUAUCCCUCUCUCUAACAUUUUUCUUUACCUUACCAUCCAAUAUUUAUUCAGAGUUUCAUGUCAUUCUCAUUUUCAUCCUUCGAUUUGUAUGAUUACCCAAAGCGAUAUUGGAGAAAUGAUACAAAUUUUGAUCUUUUUUUUUCUGAUAGAUAAUUAUUAGUUGGAUAUGAAACCCACUGAAGGAAAAAAACAGCAGUAUUCAGCCAAAACUAUUGUAAAUAUGCCCCAAGAAUUUAUAAUAUUAUUAUUAAUAUUAUUAUUAUCAUCAUUAUAAUUAUUUUAUUUAAAAAAAAAAACUAAA